AAGUGAUGAGAUUUUCAAAAAAUGAAUGCAAUUUUGAUGAUUAAAAUGCAGUUAUGUUUGCAUUCAUGAGACUGUGAUUCACAUAUCAUUACAAUUACGCGAUAAAUGCCUACAUUUGCAGACAUUGCGUACAGCUAUCACCGCAAACACAUCCCGAGUACCGAUCAAAGAGCUUCCGAAGAAUGUCGAGACCAGUGAAGGAUGUGAUCAAAAACUCUUCGCCAUUGCGAUGGCUAUUGAAGCGCCGAAACCUGAUAUCACUUGCGGUCACACUUUGUGUCUGUUUUCUCGUCUAUCAGUUGCUGUCACUCAAAGAGCUCAACCUCCAGAUGUCCGGUCGCAUCGCACAGGUAGCCAAAGGUGUGGCCGACAAGUAUGGCAAACAUGUGAUUACUAAGACUGUGGUCGACGACAGUGUCAAUGAUAAUCGGUUUAAGAGUUUUAUGGACACCAACGCCAAUCAGGUGUUGAAUCAGAUUGAGAGCAAUUAUGUCAUAAAUAAGACAAUUGAUGGCCAAAGUGAACACCAGUUGGUGGACAAUGUGGUGAUAAUUGGCGUUUUACCAAAGUUUGCCACACUUUACCAACAGACUAAUGACUCGUUUCGGUGUCUGUUAUCGGGUGAACGGAUUCCAUACCAUUAUCUUAACGAUGAUUACUGUGAUUGUGUCGAUGGAAGUGAUGAGCCCUCGACUAAUGCCUGUCCGACCAAUAAAUUUUACUGCACGACUAACUCAGCCAAUAGUCAACACUAUAUAUCGUCGGCUAAAGUGAACGACGGAAUAUGCGACUGUUGUGACGGUUCCGAUGAAUACAAAGGUCUUUCCACACCAUUAAAGCUAACCGACUCUCAAAAGCAGACAAUUCAGUCCAACAGAUGGAUAGUGGCAACGCCUCCCUGUCCUAACCGGUGUAGUGUCUAA